AUGGAGCGUGCUGAUGAGAAUCUUCUCCCAGCAGUUUACAAGGAAGUCAGUGUAGCCUUCAACGUUGGUCCCACCGAUCUGGGAUACCUUAAUUUCCUAAUGAACUUUCUGAAGUCGAUAGCAUCCCCCUUGGCAGGCAUCCUUGCUCUUCACUAUGAUCGGCCAGCGGUGCUUGCAAUAGGAACUGUCUUCUGGGCCUUAUCAACAGGGGCUGUUGGUGUCAGCCAGCAUUUUGGGCAGCUUGCAUUCUGGAGAGCUGUGAACGGCCUUGGACUUGCCAUUGUAAUACCGGCGCUUCAAUCGUUCAUAGCAGAUAGCUACAAAGACGGCACGCGUGGUGCUGGGUUUGGUCUGUUAAGUCUCAUCGGUGCAGUAGGAGGCAUAGGUGGUAGUGUUGUGGCCACACUCAUGGCUGGGAAGGACUACUGGGGGUUGCCUGGGUGGCGUCUUGCGUUUAUUAUGGUUGCACUUCUUAGCUUGAUAAUUGGCAUUCUUGUGUACCUGUAUUCCACUGAUCCGAGAAGAAUCCCUGGCAAUCAUCUUCUAGAUGACGACGACUAUGAGAGGUUACAUUUGUCCAACAAAGAUGUUCUUCCUCCGCCCUCUAUCUGGAUGGAUUCUUGGGUAGCAACGAGAAGUGUCAUGAAAGUGAAGACAUUUCAGAUCAUUGUGCUGCAAGGGAUAAUUGGCUCAUUGCCCUGGACGGCCAUAGUUUUCUUCACCAUGUGGUUCGAACUCAUCGGUUUUGACAACAGGAGCUCCGCAGCACUGAACAGCCUAUUCGCCAUCGGGUGUGCCAGUGGAGCUUUCCUCGGCGGCGUGCUAGCGGACCGGCUGUCGCGGCGCUACCCCGAUUCCGCGCGCAUCAUGUGCGCCCAGUUCAGCGCCUUCAUGGGCAUCCCGUUCUCGUGGAUCCUCCUCACGGUCAUCCCACAAUCCACCGACUACUGGCUCGCCUACGCCGUCACGCUCUUCUUCAUGGGCAUCACCAUCAGCUGGUGCGCCACCUCGGCGAACAACCCCAUGUUCGCCGAGGUAGUCCCUCCCAAGCACCGCACCAUGAUCUACGCCUUCGACCGCGCAUUCGAGGGCUCGUUCGCUUCACUGGCCGCCCCUGCUGUUGGCUUGGUCACCGAGAGGAUAUACGGCUACGACGCCAAGACUGUGAACAUCGCCAACGGGUCGGCGGAAGGAGCGUAUGCGUUGUCAAGGGGACUGCUCACCAUGAUGAUCGUUCCUUUUGGUGUCUGUGUCCUGUUCUACAGCCCUUUAUACCUUGUGUUCAAGCGCGACAGAGACAAUACCAAGUUUGCAGCAUACGAUACUGUGGUAGUUCAAGGAAAUGACCUAGUCCCGCUUGGAACAUGGGGACUCUUGGAUUUCCUAUGUCUGAAGGGUGUGUCUAUGUCUUUGUCAAGUGACAUAACAUGUAAGAAAAAAAGGAUAACUGAAAAAAAAUUGACACAGAUCUCAAUGCAAGGUUUCACUAAUAUAGCAUCGACUGAGACAUGA